AUGCGCUCCGCCACCCUCGCCGCGCUGCUGUUUCCCUCGCUCGCUGCCGCGGGGCCUCUCGACGGCCUUGAGCGCACGCUCGCGAGCAUCGUCGACUGCGCAUCGUGCCACGCGGCCCUGCCGACUUUCAAGAGCAUCGCGCACCUCGGCGACGCCGCGUUCGUGAAGACGAUCACCGCGGCAUGCAUCGACAUGCAGAUCGAGGACAGGGAUGUGUGCGAGGGCGCAAUCCGCACGCAGGGCCCAAUCCUCGCGCACGACCUGCGCCACUUUGCCCUCGGCGGCCAGACCGCGACCCGGUUCUGCGACGCCGUCUUUGGGAUGUGCACCCCGCCCCCCGUGAACGAGUACACCGUCCCGUUCCCCCGCCCCCCGCCGGAGCGUCCGGCACGCUUCCGCUCGGCGGGGCGGCCGCCGUUCCGUGUUAUGCACUUCAGCGACGUGCACAUCGACAGACAGUACACGGUCGGCGCAGAAGCUAAUUGCACCAAGCCGAUAUGCUGCCGCGACUACGACGGGAGACCCAAACACGUCAACGCACCUGCGCUGCCCCUCGGAAACAGGCACUGCGACACUCCGACGAAGCUGGUGGACUCGAUGCUGCAGGCGGUGGAGCGCUUCGGCGCCGACGCACGGUUCUCGCUCUUCACGGGAGACGUCAUUGAUCAUGCCGUUUGGGAAGUGAGCGAAGUCGGUGUCUCGCGCGACAUGCAAACGUUCAGCGAUCAAAUGGCCGCAAGGCUGAAUGCGCCGUUGUUCCCCGCCCUCGGUAACCACGAAUCGGCACCGACGAACAGCUUCCCGCGCAACACCACUGAGCACGAGAUAAACUCCGAGUGGGUCUUCAAUGCACAGCGUGCGAGCUGGGCUCAAUGGAUUGGUGAGGAAGCUACUGACCAAAUUCGGCACCAUUCUGGAAGUUAUGCCGCGAUGGCGCCUGGGACAAAUCUGCGUAUUAUUUCUGUGAACACACAGUAUUGGUACAAGCAAAAUUUCUGGUUGUACGAUAGCGACGACCUGCAGCCCGAUCCGAACGGAAUCCUGGCCUUCCUCGUGCAGGAGCUUCAGGCGGCGGAGGAUGCAGGUCAACGUGCUUGGAUCAUUGCCCAUAUGCCCCCGGGAAGGGGAGACGUAGCGCACGAUCAGUCGUCAUACUUCGACCAAGUCAUCCAGCGCUACAAGAACACAAUCGCAGGCCAGUUCUAUGGUCACACUCAUGCUGACGAAUUCGCAAUUGGCUAUUCGAACUACAGCGAUAGAAGCGCCGCCACGGCAAUGAGCAUCGCCAUGAUUGGGCCCGCGCUCACUCCUAUGAGUGGAAAUCCCGCGUUCAAGAUGUACGACAUCGACCCGGACACGUACGAAAUAAUGGAUGCGCGGACGUACAUAACGAACGUGUCCGACCCCAACUAUCACCUACACCCGACCUGGGAGCUGCUGUAUAGCGCGCGCGACUCGUACGGUGCGCUGGUCCCUGCGCUCGCGCCCAACGCGUCGCUCAGCCCGGCGUUCUGGCACAAUUUGACGGAGGUCUUCUACAAGAACGACAGUGCGUUCCAGGCGUACAUCGCGCACAAGCCGCGCGGGCGUGAAUUCGUGCGCAGGCCGUGCGUCGGGGCGUGCAAGAACGGGACGCUGUGCGAGAUGCGCACGUUGCGCUCGGGCGUAUGCGCGACGGCGUCGGGACCUGUCUUCCGCCUGCCUGGCGGCCAUGCGCAGUUCACGACGGAGCUCGAGUCGUGCGAGGGGCACGGCAUUGGGCAUAUCGUCCGGGGGCUUUUGGCGAAGCUCUCCCCACAGGCUGGCCAGAAGGCGAACGUAGAACCUGUACCGCAAAAUGACGACCACAGCCAGGCCGUAUUGUGGGUGUAA